GCUCAGACAGAUGAGAGGACAUGGACACUCGGAGCUAUGGACUCAUCUGGACCCGGAUCCUCUGGACCCUGACCCUGCUGCUGGCCUCCGUGAGUCCGCCGGGCUGCAGAGCCUCCUGGGUGUGGCUGGGGGUUUCCUCGUUGGUGUCUCCGGAGAAGCCGGGUUGUUCCUCCCCCCCGCUGACCCCCCGGCAGCGGGAGCUCUGCAGGAAGCAGCCCCUCCUGAUGCCCAGCAUUCAGGCCGGAGCUCGACUCGCCAUCGCAGAGUGCCAGACCCAGUUCAGACAUGAGAGGUGGAACUGCUCGACCCGCCAGGAGCCCCCGGUGUUCGGGCACGAGAUGACCAGCGGAACCAAAGAGACGGCAUUCCUCCAGGCGGUUCUGGCCGCAGGUCUGGUCCACGCCGUGACCCGGGCCUGCAGUCAGGGCAACAUGACGGAGUGUGGCUGCGACGCCCGGCUACGCGGCGGUGGAUCUCCAGAGGAGGGCUGGCACUGGGGAGGCUGCUCAGACCACAUCCAGUACGGGAUCUGGUUCAGCCGCAGGUUCAUCGACGGGACCGUCAGGAACACGACGACCAUCAGAGGAGGAUUCACUGUGAGCACCGCCAACCAGCACAACAGUGAGGCGGGGCGGCAGGCGAUCGUCCGCACGAUGUCGACUCACUGUCGGUGUCACGGCGUCUCCGGAUCCUGCGCUGUGAAGACCUGCUGGAAAACAGUGGCGCCGUUCGAGCGUGUCGGCGUUUACCUAAAGGACCGGUACGAGCGAAGCGUCCAGGUGACUGACCGGUCCAAGAAAAAACCGAGGAGGAAAGAGCAGCGGCGCCCCCCGGUGGAUGCUCAGCAGCUCGUCUUCCUCAACAAGUCUCCCAACUACUGCCUGGAGGACCGGCGUCGCGGCGUGGCAGGAACCAGAGGCCGGCGCUGCAACCGGACGUCCAGCGGCUCGGACAGCUGUGUCCUGCUGUGCUGCGGCCGCGGAUACAACACGCACCUGGUGAGACAUGUGCAGCGCUGCGAGUGCAAGUUCGUCUGGUGCUGCUACGUCCGCUGCCGCCGCUGCGAAAGCAUGAACGACAUGCACACCUGUAAAUAAGGACAGGGACACACCUGUAAAUAAGGACAGGGACACACCUGUAAAUAAGGAAAGGGACACACCUGGACAAUAAGGACAGGGACACACCUGUAAAUAAGGACAGGGACACACCUGUAAAUAAGGACAGAGACACACCUGGACAAUAACUAAAGACAGUAACACAGAAUGAAUAAAUGAAGCGGAAAUACACCUGGAUAAUAAUAAAGUUGCAGGUCACCUGGACGUAAAGACAGACGGGAACGCAGCUAGACAUUAACUAAGGAAAGGAACAUAAUAACAAAAACAUCUGGACAUGAGGACUGGAAUACACCUGGACAUGAGGACUGGAAUACACCUGGACAUGAGGACUGGAAUACACCUGGACAUGAGGACUGGAAUACACCUGGACAUGAGGACUGGAAUACACCUGGACAUGAGGACUGGAAUACACCUGGACAGGAGGACUGGAAUACACCUGGACAUUAAUGACGGGACACAGAUCUCAGCUGAAGACAAACGGAUCAUUGAGUUUUGUGUCUUCCAGUUUAAUGUCUUAGUUUUUUUAAUGUUCGUUUCUGCCUCCGACCUGUUUGAGUUCAAAGGGAACUGAAACACAUCUCGGAUAUAUAAUUUAAACUGUUGUAUUUAUA